CAAAACAUUCAUAACCUAGCUUUGUCAUUUUGAAUUUUAUUUUCGAUUUUGAGCCCGGUUUUGUAUAUUUAAUUCCAAAUAACUCCCGCUGAAUUAUAAAGUCUACUCUAUCUUUAUAAUAAUAUCUUGUAAAGCGUGUUUUUAAGUGAUAAUAUCAGUUUUGGUUUCUUUUUAGCUUGGUUAUUCCAGGACUUCUAUUUUAGGAACCAAAACAAACCUAUAUGCAUACAAUAUCCAGUACAAAAUUGAGGUUUUUGAAUUGUGGCUUGAUUUUUAUUUAAGUUUUUCGUCAAGUUAAUCACUUAUAAAAGCUAUGGCUUCUGGAUUGGAUAGCUUUGUUAACCAUACUGUAUCGAUUAUUACCUCAGAUGGACGUAAUUUUAUUGGCACGUUAAAAGGGUUUGACCAGACAAUAAACAUUAUUCUUGAUGAAUCUCAUGAACGAGUUUAUUCAACAACUUCAGGAAUUGAACAAGUGAUGUUAGGACUUCAUAUAAUACGAGGCGAUAAUGUGGCCAUUAUAGGAUUAAUAGAUGAAGAAAUAGACAAUAGACUUAAUUUAUCGAAUAUUAAAGCUGAACCUUUAAAUCCAGUUGUACAUUAAUAUAAUUAUUGUCUCAAAAAAACAAUUUUGUUUU